CUUUUUAUCGUCCUCUUCAAUGCUGGAGCACUUCAAUGCAGAAUACGGCAUGCGGCGCUUCUCCAGAAACAAGCCUCUGGAUUUCCUAGGGCACGCAGUGGGGUACCUUGCCCUGUCCUGUGCUGAGGAGGACCAGGAGAUCAGCUGCGGGGCUUUCCAGGCACUGUGUAACUUCAAGAGGUUCCUUCUGGUGCGACAGAGCUACUGUGCGAAACGUGAGGAUACAGAGAUGCCUCUGGAGCGGGAAGUUGUUAACAGCUUGUGGCCUAUGGAGCUCAAUGAUGAAAUGGCGGAACCUGGGAACUUCUUACUCCCUUCCGAGAGGUACAACGUAGUCCUCACAGUUUUGAGCAACAUGACACAAGAAAGAGUCUCUAACACCCAGGUGAUUGCCAACACGCUGAAGACAGCCUUGAUGUGCUUGAAGCUGACCAAGGUGGAUGACUACAUGCAGAUCAUCUAUAGGCAGCUGAUGCUUGUUACCAGAAGGUCGCUGUGGGACAUCCUGAUGCAGACCCUGCUCCAAAUGGCCCAGCUGCACUCUUGGGAUGUGACCACUAGCCUGCUGUCGAUUUCCAUCACUGGUGACAUAGACAUGGCCCUUCAGCUUCAGAGCGAAUCCUAG